CCUCAGACCACCGGAUUCGCAUGAGCUCCUCGAGCGACGACGAGCGGCCGCCGCCGCCGUACCAAGCGCCCUCGCUGCCGCCACCGCCGUCUGCAUUCGCCGGCAGCCUCCCGCCGCUGCGUAUGAUGGACCCGAACAAUGGCGACGACGCGGCCAAGCUGCCAGCCUCGAUCACAACGGGCACGAGCUUGCUCGCGAGCCUCGUCAAGGCCAAGGCCAUGAGCGAAGGCUCCGAGUCGAGCGACGACGACGAUGACGAUGAUGCGAGCCACGGCGAGAGCCAGCCGCCGUCCGACGACGAGAUGCGCGACGACGAAGAUGAGCUCGAGCAACUCCUCUUGCAACAGGAAGCCUCGGCGCGCGCCGACCCGUCGCGGGCCCACGACAAGGACAAGGCGGCGUCGACGAUCUGUGAGGUGUGUCAUGAAGACACGCUGAACGCGAAGCGGGCGCUCGUGUGCGCGCAGUGCCACGUUCGGUUCCACACAACAUGCUUUCGGCAAAAGUACGCCAAGCUCAUUACGACCAACCACGCGAAGAAGUGGUUCUGCCCCGACUGCGAGCCGAUCAAGAAGAUGACGUCGAUGCCCAAGGCGGCUCGGAAAAGUGCCAAGGGCACCAACGCUCGUCCCAAGGGCGCAACGACGCCGACAAAAGCACCGUCGCCUGCGGCCGCGACGACCCAUGACGCCAAGUACGCGCGGCUCGUCGAUGUGGCGCUCAAGGCGGGUAAAAAGUUCAACGCAAUGCUCAUCGAGAAGAGCGAAGAGAUGCUGCACAUGGCCCAGAGCCUCAAAGGCGACGUCGAGGGCCAUUUUGCGACCACGGCCCACGACGACGAAGCAACACCGUCGGCAGUGUUGCUGCGCAAAGUCCUCGCCGGCCUCUCGACGCUCGAGUCAGCGCUGUACACGGUGCAGUACCAAUCGGUGCAAACCGAAGUCGACUUUAUCAAGGACGUCAAGUUUCCGCCCAACCUCGAGAUGAAAACGCUCGAGAAGGAAGCCAAGGAGGCCGCGAAGGCCAAGCUCAAGGUCAAGACGGGCGGCGGCGCGUCCCGGCUCUACUCGUCGGCGCAGAUCGCAAAGCUCGAAGAGUGGUACAGCAAGUCGUCGCGGCCCGAGUCGAGCGAGAUCCAGGCCAUGUACCGCAUCAUCAACGCGCCCCAGUACGCGGAUGCGGAGCUGCAGCCCGAAGGCAUCGCGGUCAAGCAAAUCCGCAUCUGGUUUGACAACCGCCGCGCCAAGGAGCGACUCGACUACAUGCGCCUCAAGAUGAAGGACGAAGACACGUCGAAUCUGGACAACGAAGACAUCAAGAAGCUUCGGGCGGCGUACAUUGACGAAGCCAAGGAAGUGCUCGAAGCGCGCGUCGCCAAGAUGCGCGAGACGAGCGCGGGCGCGAUGGAGAUUGUCGAAGAGGCCGAGCAGCUCGCCCUCGAGCCGUCAACGUCCGCCACGUCCCCGGCGGCCGAGCACGAAGCCGCGCCGGAAGUGACGAAGCGCAAGGCGCCCGCGCCCGCUACCAAGUCCAAGCAGCGUCUUCGCAUGGACCACGUCGCGUCCGUGCGCAAGGCGUGCCGGCUCGCGCGCGAACAAGGCUUGAGUGAGGAAGAGGUCAAGGAGAUCCGUGCCAAAGCCAUGCAAGCCGCGCGCGACCGGCUCUUUUACAAUGGCAAGGCGCUCGGGUCACACCCGCUGACAAAGGACGAGGUCACGGACCUCAAGUUUAAGCUGCUCAAGCUCGUCGAAGAAGACGCGCCGGCCGAAGCGUGCAUUGACAUUCUCGAACUGCUCCUGUCGGUGGACAUUCCAGCGCAAGUGCUCGUCGAUACGCGCCUCGACCGCCAGCUCAAGCUCGUGGCCAAGUCGCAUCAAGAAAACAAGGAGCUCGUCAAGCUCGCGACCAAGCUCUCGGAUACGAUCCAAGCCGUGAUUGCGGCGGCCGACGACCCGAAUGCGAUGCCGGCUUCGGUUGAAACGACACUGUCGGAGAUGAAGGACGCCGCACCGACCAAGAUUGUCCGGGCCAAAUUCAACGUGGCGCAGCUCCGUCUUCUCGAGAAGGCUUACAAUCUCAACGACGCGCCCGAUAAGGACCAGCUACUAAAGCUGCGCAUGAAGAUGAACAAGGUCUCGGGCGAGUCGUCGUCCGACUACAAGCAGCUGCGCUGUUGGUUUUACAAGCGCAAGGCGGCGGGGCAUGCACCCAAUGCGCUCGCCGAGGCGCUCGCCGCCGGCGACGUCAAGCCCAUGGACGAAGACGACAGCGAGGGCGACGAGCUGCCAAUGGACGACGAGAAGCCGCCAGCUCCCGCGAGCACGGCCCGCAAGAGCAAGGUUCAGGGCCGCAUCUUUAGCGACAAGCAGCUGCAGGUCCUCCAUGCCGCCUACGACGCAUCGCCGCGCCCCGAAGCCAGUGUCUUUGACGAGCUCCAAGACCAAAUGAACAUUCUCAGCGAGGACGAGACGUCGGCGAUCACAAAGCGGCAGCUCAAAAACUGGUUUUCGAACCGCCGGGCAAAGGACCAAAAGGGCAAGGAUAUGCUGGCGGUCAUGGACGAUGACAGCGUCAAGACGGAAAUGACGCCCGCCAAGCGCACGACAGACCUCGCGCACAUGCUUCUCAACCCAUAUGAGGAAGACGACGCGAUGACGCAGGACUCGGACGACGAGGGCAAAGACCACGUCAACGAGCCGAUGACCGAGGCCGCGUCACCGAAGCGCAAGCGCUCGAUCGACGAGACGUCGCCGUCCAAGAAGCCGAAACAAGAAGCGUAGAGAUAUUAAAAUUGGAACGAGUCUGUUGUGUAGGAAUGCGA